AUGAAAAAGAUAUCUGAAUUGCUUUGUGACAAUGAGACCAUGGAUGAAGGUAACCACUCAGUAGUGUUGGAGUUUGUGUUCCUGGGACUCUCAACCUCACCGGAGAUCCAGCUCCUUCUCUUCUUCUUUUCCUGUGUGUUCUAUGUGGCCAGCCUGAUGGGAAACCUCCUCAUUGUGCUAACUGUGACCUCUGACCCUCGUUUACAGUCCCCCAUGUACUUCCUGUUGGCCAACCUUUCCAUCAUCGACUUGAUAUUUUGCUCUUCCACAGCUCCCAAGAUGAUUUACGAUCUUUUAAGAGAGUGCAAAACCAUCUCUUUUAGGGGCUGUGUAGUUCAGAUCUUCUUUAUCCACGCAGUUGGGGGCAGUGAGAUGGUGCUGCUCAUCGCCAUGGCCUUUGACAGAUAUGUUGCCAUAUGUAAGCCUCUCCACUACCUGACCAUUAUGACCCCACGGAGGUGCAUUUUAUUUCUGGUCGCAUCCUGGAUCAUUGGCCUUAUUCAUUCAGUGACUCAACUGGCUUUUGUUGUGGACUUGCCUUUCUGUGGGCCUAAUGAAUUAGACAGCUUUUUUUGUGACCUUCCUCGGUUUAUCAGACUUGCUUGCACAGAGACAAACACAUUGGGAUUCAUGGUUACUGCCAAUAGUGGCUUUAUUUCUGUGGCCUCCUUUUUAAUUCUAAUAAUCUCUUACACCUUUAUUUUGGUGACUGUUCAGAAAAAAUCUUUGGGGAGUAUGUCCAAGGCCCUUUCCACUCUGGCAGCUCAUGUCACUGUCGUUGUUUUGUUCUUUGGGCCAUUAAUUUUCUUCUAUGUGUGGCCAUUUCCCACAUCACAUCUGGAUAAGUUCCUUGCCAUCUUUGAUGCAGUUCUUACUCCCUUUCUGAAUCCAGUCAUCUACACUUUUAGGAAUAAGGAGAUAAAGGUGGCAAUGAGGAGACUGUUCUCAGUUUGUGAAUUAGAGUAA